AAAGAACCUUCGCCCUCCCUCAGUCUCCCACCCUUCACUUGAGGCAUAGAGGGGGCGUGGCUUUUCCUCCUCCCUCUCUUUCCCUCUUCUCCCCGGUCUUCUUCCUUCUCUGUCCUUCCCCCACUUCUUCUCUGCUUUUCCCAGUGUGCACCGCGCCCGCGCUGGCUGUCUCUGGCCACGUCCCCGGGCCACGUCGCUCGGUGCCCGCUGAGCUCUCGCCAUCUUCGGUUCGGUCCCCGGCUCCUCUCCCUCCUCCUCCUCCUCCUCCACCACUUUCUCCGCCGGCGCCAUGAACAUCUUCCGCCUCACCGGGGACCUCUCCCACCUGGCGGCCAUCAUCAUCCUGCUCCUCAAGAUCUGGAAGACCCGCUCGUGCGCCGGUAUAUCUGGGAAAAGCCAGCUUCUGUUUGCACUGGUGUUCACUACUCGUUACCUGGAUCUCUUCACUUCAUUCAUUUCUUUUUAUAACACUGCUAUGAAGCUUAUCUACAUUGCUUGCUCAUAUGCCACAGUCUACCUGAUCUACAUGAAAUUUAAGGCUACUUACGAUGGAAACCAUGAUACAUUCAGAGUGGAGUUCCUUGUGGUUCCAGUUGGUGGGCUGUCUUUUCUUGUCAACCAUGACUUCUCUCCUCUAGAGAUCUUGUGGACCUUCUCCAUCUACUUGGAGUCAGUUGCUAUUCUCCCCCAACUUUUUAUGAUUAGUAAAACUGGGGAGGCAGAAACCAUCACUACUCACUACCUUUUCUUCUUGGGCCUGUAUCGUGCCUUGUACCUUAUCAACUGGAUUUGGCGCUACUACUUUGAGGGAUUCUUUGACCUCAUAGCUGUUGUUGCUGGUGUGGUCCAGACUAUUCUGUACUGUGACUUCUUCUAUCUGUAUGUUACAAAAGUACUCAAAGGAAAGAAGCUCAGUUUGCCAGCAUAAGUGCCAAAAUGAAUUGCCAGCAUCUGUCAUCCUGGAUGCUUAGACAGAACAAUCCUUACCACAAGCGAAAGGUGAAGAUGCUUGAAACAGAUAGUCUCCCACUCUUCUAGAGUCAUCGGCAGGCUAUAUAGGACCAGAGAACAACCAGCUGACUUCUGUUUGAUGCAUCUUGCCUUUAUCUUUUUUAUUACUAUGUAUAAAGAUUUUUUACAUAAAGAAACUUAAUACUGUGUGAACUUAAUUCAGUGUGUAGUUUCAAUUGGAAUAGUUCCAAAAGUGAGGUUUUGUGGGGUUGUUUAUGAACAGGAAUAAGUGCAAACACUUAUUUUCAAAUGGUUCUUUUUAAUUACCGACUUGUUUUGGUGCACACGGGGGUGUGCUGACUGAUGGAUGGUAACCGUUCUUAUCUUUUGAUUUCAAAUUUUAUUCCACUAUAUUUAUUAUUCCCUAAAAAAGUUGAACAUUGUGUGUCAACUGAAAUCAAAUUACAAAUGACAAAAUACUUAUGGUAGGAUGUCAUCAUUUCAUGAAUGUCCUUGGUUAUAAUUAUUCCAUUUAAAAAUAGGAAUCAUUCUCCUAUAGUGUCUGCCAGUGCAUAUUGUCUGCUACCUCUCUUAGCCUUCUGGAAGACAUUAGCUUGAGAGUAUUUGGUGCCAAUGAAUAGAUUUCUUUGCUUUUGUGGUUUAGCAGCAGACAUGCCGUCAUUUUUUCAUUCAGAACAAAAUGAUUCCACUUUUUGAGUGCAUAAAACUACUUUUAUUCCCAGCAACCUUAGUGUUGCAACUGUAAGGAUGAACCUGUGAUAGUUGUCCAGUUGAAGUAAUCUGUAGGUGGCAAUUUUUAACUGUCUACAAUUUUUAAUACAAAUACUUUUACAAGUAAUGUCCAUGUUCAGCUUUCAAGCAGUUUUAGAUGUGCCAGUUUUGGACAAUUCAUGUGAUUUUUAUAACUUAUUCUUGAAUCAGCAGCACCAAGUACUAUUCGUUAUCAACUUUACAUAAUUCCCUUUUUUACUGAGCUGUUGCAUGACUUAUCUUGUGUUACCAUCCUAAAUAAACAUUUUAUGAAGUGGUUUACAUUGUGAUGGUGUUCUGGAACUGGGCCUCUGCUACAACCUAUCUUGAAGAAAGGUAACAUAUAAUUGUUCAAAAGUUAUAAAAACAAAAAGCUUUGUUUGCAGAAUAGACAUAUUUCUUAAGACACUAAUGCUUCAAAUCUUGACAAUAAUGGGUAUUUCACUGCAUUAGUAAAAUCUGUAAAAGAGAAAUUUGAAUGCAGUAUGGGUCUGAGUGUAAUGUUACUUCCUGGCAACUGAAAGGGUGGAAAAAAAUUCCUGUGAAAAAUAGCAUACAAGCCGCUGAAUCUACAUUGUUAAUUUGCCGCCCUGGGCUCCUCCUGGGAGGAAGGGCAGGAUAUAAAUCAAAUAAAUAAAUAAAUAAAUACUUACCUGCUUAAAUAUGCACAUGAUUACAGAUUAUGUUCACCGCCCAGAGAGCUAUUGCUAGUCGGGCGGUAUAUAAGUUUUAAAAAUAAAUAAAAAUAAAUAAAAUAAUAAGUUUUUAAAGCAUAUAAUUCCCAAAUUAAUGAGGCACUUGGAUAAUUGCCAUAGUUACCAAAUAGAUUUCUUACUCAUAUGCUAGAGAAGUCUGAACAAACUGUCCAGACACAUGUCCCAACCCCUUUGUUCACUAAAUCCCCCAGCACCUCUCCAAAAUAGAGGAGGCAGUUGUUGGUAGGAGGAAGUGGUAAAAGCAUGUGGCAGAGACAAUGGAGAAAAUCAUUAUUCAGAAUUGUGAAAGUUUCAAUCAUACCUUGAAACUCUAAUCUGGAAAAAUGCAGUACUGUGUCUCAAACCUUUCUUAUUGCUCAUGUGUAUGUCUAAUUUCUGUUACAAAUAUAUUUUCUAACUAUA